AUGAAUAGUUAUGAGGAUGCCUCUAAGUCAGACUUCCAACUCUGUGACUUUAUUGAAAAAUUUAAAAAAUGGACAAGUAUUCAUAAUAUUUAUUCUUUGAAAAAAAUUAUUGAAAAUAUUGAAAAUAAUAAAAUAUUGCAUAAAAUAUUAGUGGAUUCCCUUGAAUUGUUAGCUGAUUCAUCCAUAUUUAAAUAUUAUAGUAUUGAAGUUAUCUCUGAGUUAGAAUUACAUCUUCAUACUUUAGUUUCUCUUAUUGAAUUAGGAAAAUUUGCUGAGAUAUAUUUUCUAUCAACUGAAGUUAAUGAACAAGGGUUUAAUAAAGUUUUUAAACCACAAUUUGAUAAGUUUAAUUCACUAUCAAAGUUGACAACCUCACCAGAAUUGGUUAAUUCAAAUGAUAAUAAAAUUUAUAAAGAUGGAAAAC